AUGGUGGCACUAACGUACGAUGUUCUCAAGACUAAAUGGAGAGGCCGAAAAGAUACAGAGACCGUUGUUUUUGGAGCCACGCGUGACGCAGUCAUCACGAAACUUAAAAAAUUGGUUCAGGAUCAAACCAAAGCUGCUGCGCUAAAUGGAGGCGUGUUUACGGACGAGGAAUGGAAUAUUAAAAAAUAUCCCAGGGUUGCGCUUUACUGGAAUAACGUGAGCGCCACGCGUCAACCAGAUCAACCGUACGACUACACGGAGAUCAAACGUCUAAGUGUCGCGGCCCCACAAUCGAAAUUCUACAUCGACGAAACUAAGCCGGGUGAUAUUAAACAAGGUGGACUUGGCGAUUGCUGGUUUCUCGCAGUUCUUGCUGGGGUCGCUAAUGUUCACGGUCUUGUUCAUUCCAUUGCCGUCGAAUAUAAUGAUAAAGCCAAGAUCUAUGGUUUUGUAUUCUACAACGACGGUUGGGUUGGUACUAUAGUUGAUGAUUACGUGUUUUACCACAAGGAGUGGUCUGAAACAGUAUUGAAGUUCAGUGAUGCCAAGGGAAAUGAGACUUGGGUUCCGCUCCUUGAAAAGGCAUUUGCCAAGAUCAACGGCGAGUACGAAAGUCUCGAUGCUUCAUGGGGAGUAAGAGCACUUGUGGGUCUUGGAGGCAUAAACUAUAAGGGUUACAAUCUGUUCCAAGUGGACAACGAUUCUAAGAAAAGCCAAUUGUGGGAGGCAUUUCUUGACGCCACCAAGAACCAUAGCAUAUUUGCCUGCAGUACCGGUAGGGACAAUGGUAAUAUGCAGGGCUUGGUCCCGACUCAUAUGUAUAGUUUUCUUCGCGUUGUUGAUUUUCAUGGUAAUAAAUUGAUCGAGAUCCGUAAUCCAUGGGCACGUACUGAAUGGACUGGGAAGUGGUCAGAUAAUAAUACGAGCCAUGAAUGGGAUCCGUAUAGGCAAGAAGAUAGAAUACCGGAGUUGGAUUAUUCUCUCGCUGACGAUGGUUCUUUCUUUAUGAGUUUUGACGACUUUCUUGGUAAAUUCGAGAAGGUGGAGAGUUGUGAAUUCCCACUGGCAGUUGCCACAUCCCUCAACAAGCCUGCCAGUAUUUCAACAGACAUAGUAGCAUCUUGGUGGCAUGGCAACUAUCGUAUUUAUCAGCCUGAUAGAGGAAAUAGAAACCAGCCAACGGUGUUGUCUGUACACUUGACUUUCGGGAGCGACGGGACGACUAUUAAGGUCAACGGCAGUGGAACGGAUGAUAAAGGCGAUUAUACUAUUGUUAACGGCAGCUAUGACAACUCAACGAAAAAAAUUUCCUUUACCAAACAAUACAAAGUCAAUGCCAAUAUGGCCCAGAACUACCAAGGCAUAUACCAUAAUAAUGAGGAACUGUUCUCAGGAACAUGGGGCGAUGCCAAAAAUCCAAAUACGGGUAAUUUCUUGAUUAAGCGGGUUUCUCCUGUCGAGGGAUCAGAUAAGGAACCGGAUGAGUCGAAGAUUUGGCAUGGAUAUUGCUUCGAUGCAAAUAACAAUGCCUCCCUGAUGCUAAUGAACAUAACUGUAUGGAAAGAUCUAAAUGGCGACAAAAUUCUCACUGGCUCUGGUACAGAUGCAAUUGGUGCGUUUACCAUUGAUGGACGCAUCUCAGGUGAAAAUGUCAGCCUCUUCAAGAGGCAUUUUAAUCAGUCGUGGAAUUAUAACGGAAAGGCGCUAGGAUUAAGCAUGAUAUUUGGAACUUGGGGCACUAAAGUGCCUUAUGAUGGUGCUUUUAUAUUUUGGUCUGUAUAG